AUGAGAUAUAACAGCGAAAGUAGAAUGGCCAGGGAAAUGACGUCGGGAAUUAACCCAUAUGGAGAGAGGAAAAAAGAGUCUAAAAAUUUUGGAGACUUUUCCGAAAAUUACAACUUCCUGCAAAGUAACGAUUCCAUAGGGGACUCUUUCGAAGAGAGAGAAAAAAAAAAAAAAAUGAGAGAAGAGGAGUACAACAAAAUUAUGGAGAGUUCGGAAGAGAAGAGCGACUUUUUCAAUGACGAUAAAAAUUGCUACGCCUAUUCGGACAGGAGUGAAAAUUCUCAGUCACCAGUGAGCAGAGCGCAGCCAGGGGGUUCUUCCUUCCCUUUUCAUGCAGACCCCCAGAGUGGAAAUACCUACAGAAGUGGAAACACCUACAGAAGUGGCAGCAGCAAUCAUGGGAUGACACUAACCAGCGCAAAUUUAGAGGAGAACAUUUUAAAAAAUUUAGAAGAAGAUAGCAGCUACGAUGGGCAUUUUGACAGCGACACGGAGAAGAGCAAGAGUGCGAGGUGUAGUAGAAGGGAAUCCGCUACGAGGGAGUCCGUCACGAGGGAGUCCGUCACGAGGGAGUCCGUCACAAGGGAAUCUAUUACGAGGGACUCCGUUACGAGGGACUCCAUUACGAGGGAAAAAUCGCUCGAGGAGGAUCACUUCAGGCACCAGAAAAGUAGCCUGAAAAGUGGCGGAAGCAGUCGCAGAUUUGAAAAGUGCCCCAGUGGGGGGAAGGUAAAGUUUGAUAAGGGCGAUAGCGCUGAUUGUAGUGCUGACCACAGCGCUGAUUGGCUGCAUAAGAGGGCGUACAAAAUGGCGCAAAUGGGAGACACGCAAAAAACGGGGCUCUGGUUUAUAGACACCAUGAAUGAGGUGCUAGACAGGCUCUGCGAUGGGGACAAAAAGGAGGAGCACACAAACGAUGGAGGAGCUGUUGUUAAUGCUAACUCGAACUGCAUCAAUUUAAAUUACCCCCCGUUGGGAAUAAACACCAUAUUGAGGUGGCCAGAAUAUUUAAAAUUGCACAGCCUAAUUUCGGGCAGUCAUAUUUUCCCCAUCUAUGAGGGUAUACGCAGCAUGUUUAUAAAAUACCAGAGCCAAAAAAUGGAAGGGAAAAAUAAAAAGGCAGGAAAGAGCGCCACUAUUUUGUCGUUACCCACUUUUCCUCACGAAAAUGGAAAGGAUAGAUGUAUCCCAAAGGCGUAUUCAAAUUUGCCAAACUUGGAUGUGCCAACUGAGAGGGAGGCUACACCAAAUGCAGAAUACCCUCGCAACAGCUUUCACAAGAAAAGCGGGGGCACCAUACACGAUGACGAUUAUGAUGAUUUCCUCUUCUCCAAUUUGCCUCACCUAAUCCAAAGGAUGAGAAAUAAGUACAAUCAAUUCUGCGAACACGUUGGAGAAACAUUGGAGCAUAUAGACAGAGAGAAUUACACAUUUAAGCAAUACUGUUUUGCACUUUCAAAAUUGUUUGCCCAAAAUUUAAUAAAUAUGAUACCCUUUUCAAAGUUCCCUGGGCUGUUCAGCCAUAUGACCAAUUCUUUCCACACGUGUAUCGGCCACAAUCAAAAUGAGGAAGCCAUGACGGAAACGGAUUUUAUCAACACGUAUAAUUUGCAAUAUAGUAACAGUAAGAUGGGCACUGCAUAUUCUCUACCGAUGGAGUUGGGUAGGUCCAUGUCAAAUUUAAGUUCCACCAUUCGGGUGAAUUGCAUGGGACAGGCAAAAAACGCGUUUCCCAAUUCGAACGCGGUGUUUGCUUCCAAGGGCGGAGGGAGUCACAUCUUUGCCAGGGGAAGAAGCAUCAACGUGAAUGAGCAACAGAGAAGGCAUAGUCUCUCUCAAAAUUUCCGUGGCACCGAAAGGGACAAUACAAUUUUGCCUGGUGGAACACUUGAGGAGAGACGAAAUUAUCUAACUGGCAAUUUUAACACCCUGCCAAAGUACGUAAAAACGUGCGCCAAUAGUCGCAAAAAGUUGAGCAAUUCCCUGAGGCCCGCGGAUUUAAUCAAAAUGGCAAGUGUCAAAAAUAAUGCGCUUAUAAACGUGGGCACGUUACGCAAGUGUAAAUCGUCGUGUGCCCCAUCAACGGGUCAGGAAGUAGUGCCAAAGGUUAACACAGAAGGGGCGGGAGAACCGGUGCGAGAAGCGGUGCGCGAAGCGGGGGUAGAGGCAGGAGCAGAGGCAGAGGCAGUGACAGAGGCUGAUGCGGCGGGUAAGCACUUAGAUAACUCGCAAAGGAACUCCUCCGAUGAGCUCGGCGAGUCGUUUAAUGCAACCGCCAGUGAAAAUUACUGCACGGCGAAGUCCAUGCCCCUUAACUAG